AUGUCUUCUUCGGCGUCUCGUCGUUCCUCCACGUCAGUUUCAAAUUCAAAAGCAUCGAAAGCUCAACAAAAUUCUAUUCAGCUUCUUCAAGCAGAGAACGAAUCUCUUCGUCGAGAAAUAAUUGCUUUGCAAAAAAUAUUCUCAAUACCAGUUGACGAAAAUCAUCGUUACACACAUUUUCGUUAUCAAAUUUAUUCUCUUGAAAAACAAGUUUCUUUACUAACGCGUUUACUCGAUUGUAAAAGAGAAGCUGUAGCAACAUGUGAAACAAUUCUUUUGGAACUAAAUCAAUUUCUACAGGAUUUUAAAGGUAAAAUCACUCGUAAGGAACAUAUCGAUGAACUACUCAUACAGACAUGGAUUGAUCGAAUCGAGAGUAAUCGAAAAAAAUCUUUUAAAUCGAUGCAGGAUCAUACAAGUCUAUCAGAUAGUGAUACUCUCUAUGCACCUAAUAGCGCAAAAUUUAUUCAUCAGGAGCCAAUUCAUCUUCUUGAUAUAUGUUCCGGAAAAAUCGAACAUCUUAAUUUAAAGAAUAUUGCCAAUUUAGAAAGUUCAUUGCAUAAUCUUCAUGCUGAUCUUCGUUCAUUUCAAAAUGAAUUACUCGAUCAAACAAAUCAUAAAAUUUUUCCUGAUCUUGACCACAAUUUAGUAAAACGUUCAAAAGAAUUAUCAAAUAAAAUAAAUAUUACAACCAAUGAACUAUUUUAUUUAUCAAUACUUGUUCCAACUAGACAUCAGAAAUGUUCUUUUGCUCCUGAACAAAUCACAACUGAUCUAAUUUGUCAACGAAUCAAUUCUCAAUUUCGUUUAUCACCAAAUAUUAAACUUGUUUUACAAUCCAUGAUUGACUCACUUAUAUGUUCAUAUAAUCAUGAAUUACAUUUAUUAAAAUUAGAAUCAAAUAUAAAAACUAAACAGCUGUCAUUUUAUCGUCAUUCAUUAGCUAAUAUUCAUUCUCAAUAUAUACAAAAUUUAAUUGAAAUUCUAUCAACUGGACAACAAUCAUUUAAUAGACAAAUACAAACACAUCUUUAUGAACCAUUGGUAAAUGUAAUAAAAGAUUUUAAUCGUAUGAAUAAUGAAAAAACAGAUGAAUCAUUAAAAUCAUUUUUAUUUACCUUUAAAAUUCAUAUCGAUCAAUUCAAUGAAGUUGUUCAUGAUCUUUACCAACAAAUUACUGAUGGCUCAAAAGCUGUUAAUCAAUUGUUUAUUGAAACAAAUGAAAAAAUGUGGAGUGAUAUUGAAAAACAACAAAAAAAAUUACUUGAUGAUAUAUCAUUAGUGAAAACAGAACAAAUUUUUACUGAUGACCAUUCAUUUGACAAACUUUCACAAUAUUUUUCUAAUCGUCUUGUUUGUCCAUUGGUUGACACAGUACUUGAUCGAUUUUGUUUACAAAUACUACCUCAAAUACAUCAUAAAAUCAAUUGGCUUAAUGCUGAAUCAUCAUCUAUGGAACGUAUUCUUCUUGCUGCUGAUUAUCAUAAUUUACGCAAUCUAGGUCUUUACAAUGUUGACGAGAAGACUGCUGAACGUGUUUUCGCAGAUGAAUCUCCUUUAUUACAUAUAUUCAACAACAAAAAAAUCCAAUCACUUGUUAUUACAAUGAUUGGUAAUAAAACGAAAACAUCAGCCAGUGAUUUUGUAACAUCGAUCUUUACCGUUGUGUUAAGUGUGUUCAACAAUCUGCUUUAUUUAAAUUGUAAUCCAUUUGCGGAAUCGCAUUUGCGACGAUUAUCGUUUGGUGAGAAAACUCCAACAUUUUUCUCGUUAACUUUGCUGGAGUUAUCUUACGGUCAACCAAGUCAUUUCUAUUCAUAUCCGUAUACAUUGAGAUAUUAUCAUAAUGUUACAAAUAGCUUUUCAAGUGGAUUAUUCAAAUGUGUUCGUGAAGGAUCAUUAUUUGAUGAUCGUUCUUUCGAACACGAAAUUUUUGUGCGAAUUGCUCAAGCAUUUCCACUGUUGGAAAAAUUAUCUAUGAUUAAUCGAACGCCUCAAAAUCGAAACACAAAGAACAAGAAUGAACCUUUAUUGAUCAUAGAAUAUCAUCAUCUACUUGAAUUAGAUUUUCUUAAUGUUAAUGAUGAUUACCUCGAACAAUUCCUGAUUAAGACUAAAACGUACUCACCUAAUAAUGUUUGCCUUUAUGCUAAUUAUGAAUCUUUGAAAAGAGUGACAAACUGUUUUAGAAGAGUUGCAACCCGAGCCAAUGCUGCCAAAAUAAAUUCUUUGCGUACUUACGGUCAAUUUCAAUUAUUUUAA